ACUUGUACGUUCUCUUAAUCUAAAUCUUUUAUAAAUUUAUUAUUUUGUACAGAUUGAUAUAUUUAGCGACAUUUGAUGUGCGCGAAAUUCAAUUUAACUUCCGGUUGACAGGUACUUGCACAGUGCGGCAUUAGUUUCAGGUGUGUGACAAUGGCAGGGAAAAGGGAUCCAGAUACACCGACUGACACAGAACCAAAACAUAUGACAAGUACCCCAUUUUCUAGUGACUCAAAACCAGAUGUUGCUGAAAUGUUUAAAAAGAUGGGGGAUAAAUUGGGGUGGUUCCAAUACAAUAACUUGGAAACAGCUUACAAAACUCUGUCCAAAAGUAGCAAGAAAAAAUCCACAAAAUCAAGAAUAAAGAAAGAAACUCCAAACAGAAGGAAAGGUGAAGAAUUAUCAAAAGCAAAACAUUUUAAAGAAAAUAAAACACUGGGGAAAGACAGGGAACAACACAAACUGUCCUUUAACACAUCACCACUGAAAGAAAACCAGUCACAGAAUAUCAGCAGUGAAGACUUCCUAGAACCAGAACCAGUUCCACCAAGAAAAUCAAAGGCUUGCACUGAUUUAACCAAAGAAUGGAGGAUAAAUCAGAAUAGCAAGAUAAAGCUUAGUCGGAUAUCAAUUAUUCCAUCUGCAGAGGCUGAGAAUAUUUCUCAUGGUCUGAUUACUCAUGGAGAUAAGAGAUACUCUAUCUCCAAUGCUGAUGUAGGAUGUCCUGUUCAAGAAUCCACCAGAAUUCAUAGCCGACAAAGCAUUGACAACUUACUGGACGACUCAGAGGAUUCCAAUCAAAGUCGUGAAGGAAGAAAUCAAAGCGGAGAGCUGAAACAAAACAUUUCUGAGGAAGAUUCCUACAGGCAGCUUCAUAUAAUGAAAAAGCGUCCCAAUUUAGGUGAUGACGAAGUAAUUGAUGCAAUGAAUCUUUUAAAGAUAAACAGAUCAAAAGAAGAAGAGACCCAGUUUUAUACCACUGCUCACUGUGAUGUCUCUGAGCAGGAUCUUCUUUUCCAAACAGUGAUGGAAGAUGGUGACAAGAGCCCCAGUAAUGAUGUUUCAAAAAGUGAAAGUCGAGUAGAGGAAUUGGAGAACAUCCAGAGUGUAGGUGAUAGUUCAGUGGAGAGGUUGGAUGGAUGUGAUAGCUCAUCCUAUGUAGAACUGGUGGAUGCAUCAGCUCAGGUUGAAAAAUCUUAUUUAUCAAGUUCUGAAAUUGUGGAAGGUAACAAAACAGCGUCCAAUUCAUCUCAAGGUGACUCUCAUCAGGAAAACAGUGAAAGUUCAGGGAAAGAUUCUUUUUGUGAGAAGAUUGUGAAAGUAACAGAAAUACAGAGUCAAGAAGAUAUAAGUGUAGAUCAGGUACAGGGAAGUAGUGAUUCCUCUUACAUUGAGAUAGCAGAUGCUUCAUUACAAACCAGUGUGGUUUCUCAAAGUCAGAAGAACCAUAAGCAAGAGCUUGGGUCUGAUUCUUCGUAUGUAGAGGUGGAAGAGAGAUCACUCCAAACCAGUACUACAAACUUAUCUCAUAAAGAGGGGGAUAGGAGUAGCUUUUCUGCUUCAGAAUGGGAUCAGAUUAGUUCUGAAAAUAAUGAUCAAGUAAAAGGAGGAAAUUUUAAGAGUGUCACAGAGAGCCCAAUGAAAUGUGACAGAAUUUGUAGUGAGCAAAACAGCAGUGCUAGUAAUACUAGAUUCAGUAGUGAUGAGGAAGAUGGUUCAAGUGAUGACUCCUUUACCUACCUUAAAAAGAGAGUGAACUCAAAGAAGAACGAUGCAAGUGGUAAGAAAAUGGAUGAAAAGAUCUCUGCCAUCAAAAACCUGAACACUGACAGAAUGAUGGAAAAGUGUUCAUCAUACCUAGAAGAUUCUUUACCUGAUAUUAUUCCCACAGAAACUCACAGUGAGAAGAAAAGGGAGACAAGAAAAAAGACAGAUGAUUGUUAUGCAGAGUUUUCUUCAGAUUCUGAUAACGAUGUACAUGAUGAUCAAAAUUCAGGUGCACACAGGUUUGAGGAAGUGAUAUCAUCAGACUCAGACAAUGAUUUACCUGAGAGAACUAGUGCAGGUGUACCAAGUAUGGAAGAUGUGUUAUCAUCUGAUUCUGAUGAGGAUCUACAAAGAGUUACAGGUGCAAAUCAACAGGGAAAUACAGGUGUACUUUCUUCUGAUUCCGAUGACUUCUUGUCAGACAUACCAUACCAAAAUAGGAAGAAAACAUCAGUAAAAAAAGACCGAAAGACCAGCAGUGAUCACUGGAGGACACCAAAACAUUACAGAAGUGACUCCAGUACAGAUGAGGAAGAGUUGGAAUCAUUUUUCCAAAAAAUAAAAUCCCAAAAGACCAUCCCUCAGGAAGAAACUCCUCCAAAGAACAAAAGUCUAGACAAUUUUAUCGUGGAUGAUGAUGACAUGAGCAGCAGUGAGAAUGAGGCUGAUUUCUACAUCACCACCAACACUGUGUUCACCACACCACACAGAAAAAUGGAACCCAUUGUGCUGGAUGACAGUGAAGAUGAUAUUUUCAAAUCUGACAUUAAGCCCAUCAAGAGAAAGACAAAGGAGAAAUCCCAGAAGACACCAGCAUCCAACAGGAAGAGAACGGAAAGAUGGGAGGAGGAGAAAGAAGACAGAGGGAGGGAAAAGUACAGCUUCCUCAAGUCUCUGUCCAGUGACACUCCGUACGACCACGCUGACAGAGAGGCUCUCAGGUUCUCAAAGAAUUUUAAGAAGAUGAAGGAAGAUUUGACCAAGAAAUUGUUUAAGAUCUACAAUGACACAGUUUUUGAUAAUCAGCUCCCAGAGGAUCUGCAGAUACUGUGGAACAACCGCCUGUUGAAGACAGCAGGCUAUUGUGUGUAUAGGAAGAAUGCUAAGGUCCAUGACAGCAAGACUGUACGAAUCGAACUCUCCACCAAAGUCUGUGACUCUGCAGAGAGAGUGAGGGACACACUUAUCCAUGAACUUUGCCACGCUGCUGUCUGGCUCCUGCAUGGCAAAAAUGACGGCCAUGGUCCCUAUUGGAGAAUCUGGGCUAAAAAAGCAAAUCUGACUCAUCCUGAAAUUCCUGUGAUUGCACGUUGCCAUAGCUACAGCAUUUCCACUAAAUAUACCUAUCAAUGUAGUAAAUGUGGAUAUAGCAUUGGUCGGCAUUCUAAGUCUCUGGACACUUCUCGGAAGGUGUGUGGAUUUUGUCACGGAGAGUUUGUGCUGUUAAACAACCAGCAGAUGUCCCGGGGGUCAGCGUCCACCCCAGCUACCCCCCGGACCCCCAACAAGUUUGCCAUGUAUGUGAAGGAGAACUACAGUACAGUAAAGGAGAAAGAGAAAGACCUGAAGCAUGGAGAUAUCAUGAAACUUCUGGGAAAACAAUUUGCUGAAAAGAAUAAAAUCAGUUCCUGAUACCUUUGUCUGAUAAAGAGUCAAUUUUUUAUCCAAUAGCUGGGGGAAUUUUUUUUUUUUAUCAUGUUACAAAGGCAUACUGUUUACCUAUAAAUGGCUAUGGUGGUUUCAGUACCUUAAUUCAGUUUAAAUCUAAAGAAUGUUUGUACUGUUUGUGAUUGAUAUAGAUUUUUAGGAUUAAAGUGAUAGCUGUGAGUGUCUCUAUAUUUCAGGGAAUCCUAUUUUUACUGUCUUGUGGUAGGAUGUGGCAAUGCAUAUCAUGUGUUUCUCUCAG